AUGAACAGAGAAUCCAUUAAGAGCAGGAAGAUUGCCAUUGAUCCUCUGGAUGUGACAGAGAGCCUUGGUUAUCAGACUUGUCGGCGCGGAAUGCGUAAACCGUGGACCAAGGAGGAAGACGAGAUGUUGAGAAAUGCAGUAAACACUUAUUUGGUACAGUUAGGAUAUGCAGAGGGAGUGAGUUCAGUCAAGACAAUACAAGAGUCGAAUGCAGCUUGCAAGCGGAUCCCAUGGGACGAAAUUCAAGCGAAGUUCGAUGGAGAUGUGCGAAAGAUAAAAGACGUGCGCAAAAGAUGGACCACUUCAUUAGAUCCAAAUCUCAAAAAGGGCAAGUGGACCGAAGAAGAAGAUGAGCAGUUGAAGAAAUCGUUUGAAAAAUGGGGUGCCCACUGGUUGAAGAUUUCAACCGAGAUUUCAGGACGAACAGAGGAUCAAUGCGCAAAGCGUUACAUUGAAGUUUUAGAUCCCAGCACGCGAGAUAGGCUACGAUCGUGGAGCAUAGAAGAAGAUCUGGCGCUCAUUAGCAAGGUCAAGAAAUAUGGAACCAGAUGGCGUAAAAUUUCCCGUGAAAUGGAGUCCAGACCUAGCCUGACUUGCCGCAAUCGCUGGCGAAAGAUUAUUACCAUGAUAAUGCGGGGAAAGGCUACAGAGGUAAUUGUCAGGGCUGUCCAGGAAUCUUCAGAUAGUCAGGGUUUACGAACAGUUGAAGAACUGAAGGAUUCUCUGGAAUUAAAGCUGAAUAGCAAUACCAACAACAAUUCGUCCUCUAACACCAGUGAGAAUGCCAGCCCAUCCGAGUCAUCUAAUAUGAGAACCAGCGCUCCUCAAGAAAUAAAGCAAGAGUCUCUGCGUAAUCCAGGACUUCCUAUUCACACAAAGACCGGCUCUUCCAAUGAACAAGGAGCUCAGAUUACGGAUAAUGCACGUCAAAAUUUCAAAGGGAGUGAAUUGCGAGAUUCAGCUACUUCGGGACGUAGGCAAGAGGGCGAGGAGAAUAUAAGCGGUAUGAACGGGGAAGAAUCUGCCGGCCAGAUGAAAAAACCAUAUAGUACGCUUAUCGAUUGGGAGUUUUCUGUCAAAGACUCUGCUGGACAGCCAUUGUCACAGGGUAAAAUCACUAAUUCAGCGCUAGUUAAAGAGCUUAUCGAAGGAGCAAAGAAGGAUUCUUUGAAGAUUUCGAUUCAUCAGCAUAUACACAACCAUUACGAGUUUCUUCCACAACUGAAUCCUCUUUUGUCACAGUCGUUCGCGAAUGACUUACUAGCUCCAAUGUCACCCGAAGCAUUCUCUCCCGAUAAAAAUGAGCGAAUUCCUUCGGCAUUUGGCCUUGAUACUGAACUCAUGCCUAAUUCUCCUAAUUUCCCCGGCAUGACGGGCGAGGCAGGUCUCUCGUUAGAGCAACUUGCAACAUCCCAUCAAUUUGCCACACAUGCUUUUUACUCUCCCAGAAUCUCCUCUAGGUUAUCCUCGUUUUACCAGCAGAGACAGAGACCCACAAGCUCGACCGGGUCACGAUCGACACCAGAGGAAAAUAUAGACGAAAUUGGACCCAGCAGGCAAUAUCACUUUAACGUUUUGCCAGCUACAGUAAGGCCAAAGUUGGGCUCUUCGAAUACCGGCCGUUCACCCGACUCCAAUCCCGCAACUAGUCGCAGUUUUCCAAACCGUAUUAACAAGACCAGAAAGCGCUCCGGGAGAGGAAACAGGUCAAAGAAUGCUACGCCAACCGCGUCGACAGCUUCUUCCGCUGGCACACCCUACCCUUCCGUCGCGACAUCUUAUGGUGAAGACAAGAUGAAAAUUGGUUCUAACCGCACGCCCAGCACGAUUUCAGCCAAUGGGGAAGAAGAGGGCCUUGAUUUUUGGGAAUCUUUAAGGUCUUUGGCAUCCGUUCCUAAUUCUCAUCCGAACUCGAAGGGUGAACCCGACGAAAGAUUCACAAGCUACGAGUUCCUGUAUAAUCCUUACGAGGAGCAGUCUAGUAAUGUUGAACAUGAAGAAACUGUGAAGGCGAACACAAAUGCCGCUCAUCAGGAGUCAGUCCUUGAUCUUGAGAGCUGCUUUGGGAAUAUUCCUUUCAACCCGAGUUAG